GUGCUGAGAACAUGAAUAUUUUUCUACUUUUGGAGCUGUGGUGUGCCAACUUUGCUUUUUCUGUUCAGAAAUACAUCAACCAGAAAAAUGACCACAGACUCUGCUGAAAUAAUAAUUUUAUUGCAUCUAUAAUUUGGUGUUUAAUUUAGUUCUUCCCUCUAAUAUCUGCAUUCUCUUUACAGGUAUGAUAUAAUAAUUUAUAACCACUAAAGACAUGGUUGAAACAUUUACAUUUUAUGCAACCCAAGCUUUUCGUAAGUAACGUUUUGAGAUGAAAUUUCUACUUCCAACUUCUAUGGACAGCAAAGUCAUUUUUCUUGUUUAAAAAUGUGAGCCAGCGGUUCAACGUCCAGACGACUCCUGGCAUGACUCAAAACCAUUCGUCUCACUAGUAAUACAGGAGAAUCCACAGAACGGGAUCAGACAUGACGGAUGAGCUGAACAGGGCGUCAGCUGAACCGGAGACGAUGAAACCGGAAGAGACUGUGCUGGUUGGAUCAGAUGUUGUUACUGUCACUGAGGAUAAUGCAGUGGAGAACAGUACGCCUGGAAAGGUGACGGUUGAGUCGCCACCUGAUUGGCUGAAGCCAAUGGAGGAGGAUGAAGAUGAUGGUGGUGAAGGUGUCAAGAGCAGCGAAUGGAUCACUAGAAAAACCAGUAAUGACGUUCCUAAAGUAAAACGACGCAGAGGUCGGCCUCCGAUUGCCAGAAAUGCUAGACAUGGACUUACUCGUUUAGAUUUCAAGAAAGGAUUGCAUGCAGAUCGCCCUAAAACUAAGACUGUUCGUACUAUACUGGAAAGAACACGUUCAAGUCUCACAUCAGCUACUGCCAUUCCCGUCCCAGAUCCAAUCCGCACGCCUGAGGUUUUACCCCGAACACCCCAGAGCAUCAUUCACAACCCGACGUCGACAUCCCAAAGACCCCGACUCAUCCCAAUCUCACCUACAGGGGACAGCAGCCUCUCCAAGAUACCCAACGCUGAGUUUCACAGCCCGUGUUCCUUUAAAAAGGUCUCUAAAAUUGAUGGCUCAUUCCGUGUCAACUUAACCAGAGGGAGCUUCAAAGAAGACCGAGAAAGCCAGAGUCUCAGUUGUUUGUCUUUCUUUAGUAAAUGUGAAAGCUGUGGCGGCCCAUUUUCUGCUCAGAAGAUCGGAGACACAUUGUGCUACAGAUGCUACAGGACUAAACCAGAGAAGAAGCACUCUCCUCCAAAUAUUGUGUUUAGGAAGGUGGGGCAGGAUCAGUGGGAGGUUGGGAAAACAAAACAUCCAAGAAAACAAAUGCUGAAACAACAUCCCAAAUGCAAGAAAAGGGUAAAAACGGAUUUUGUCCCUGAUGGUGAUGACGAUGAGGAUGACUGGGCUGCAAAGAAACGCAAUCGCAGGAUGUGCCGACAGUGUGAUGCGUGUCUUCGUGAAGACGACUGUGGCAAAUGCGACUUCUGCAUGGACAAGCCCAAGUUUGGUGGCAGUAACAAGAAAAGGCAGAAAUGUCGCUUACGUCAGUGCAAGUUUCAGUCAAAGCUUCAUGGUCAAAGAGCAAAUGGAAUGCUAAAUCCAUCCCUUCCACGAAGAAGGAAAAAUGUGAAGCCCAAGCUCAAGAGACGCGGGAGACCAAGAAAAAGGAAAUUCGGAAGCAACCCCUGGGAGGAUGAGGACGAAGUGUCUGUAAAGGAUGAUGAUGAAGACGACUUGAGGCAUUAUAAGAUGAAUGGCAGGAAGGGAGGAAGGAGGAAAUGGAAUUACACUUUUAAGGAAGAUGAAGAAGAUGCGUUCGUUGAGGCCGUGAUUGAUGAUGACGAACUGUCCAUCACAGAGGAGGAUCCUGAUAUUUUGGGCAGUGAGAGGCCAGUGAUGGUGUCUAAUGAGAUGUACUCAAACACCUCUGGACUAAGUGCUCAGGGAUUAUACUACAACGUGUCAGGUGUGCCGGCAGCACCUCAUAUGCUUGGAUCAGUACCUCUGUGUAACAGCAAUCCAGUGCCGAUGGGUGAGGUUAUCAGCUCUCUGCCGAUGGGGGACGAUGUGACUCAGAACGGUUUUCUUCAGAUUGAGAUGGUGAGAGUGGGUUCACCACCAUCACAUUACACAGAAGAACCUCAGAACACAGAACAGCAUGUGUCAGAAUUUCAACUGGAGCCCACGCCGGUGAUCACUCAGAUCUUCAGUCUGGCGGGAGGAGAGAACGACUGCGACCGAGACCAAGGCCUGAUGGAGCUGUUCACUUCCCUAGGCCAGACAGUGCUGCCCGCUCACUGGGUGGGCGUCAUGGCCAAAGGCCCCGUCCUCCAGCUCCUGCAGUGCUCCAAACUCUCCACCAUGGCUGACACGGUGGUCCAGAUCGAGAAGGGCUUCUUCUACCAGGUAAGCGUUCAGAACCAGCCUCUGCUGCUGAUGCAUGCAGUCUACUCGCGCCACCCCACCUGCCUCGAGACGGUCGAUGACGUGGUGUCGCUCUUGCUGGACUUGGAGGGGCUGGGAGUGUGUCAGGGCUACCAGAACUUCCACGUGGGUUCGCCGUGGGAGCCCAGGAUGAGCGUGCGAGCGGCUCUGUGCGAUUUGCUCAUUCCCAAGGAUGAGGAACAGUGUCCGAAAUGCGCACAGCCUGUGGAGGGUUGAAUGGAGAAUUUACACUGAGAAAGUUUUUGAACAUCUGCAAGUAGUUCGAGAGACACUUCCACCAGUUCUUAUAGUGCAGUCAGAGCUGUUUCUGACCUCAUGAUGAAUCAACAUCUAAAAUGGUGCUUCUUUUUUUUGUUUUCUUUUUAGAAGUUAGUGACACAACCUUCAAAAAAGGACUUGCGAAACACUGAGUUUUUCCAAAAUCCCUUCUUUCCGUUGCUCUCCAGUUGGGAUUAGGACAUAAAUACAUUCAGUUCUCAUUUAAAGUUCUCAUUUAAACUACCUCUCAAUCAUUUUAUGGACCAAUUUAAACCUUAAACCAACCAGGUGCCCUUAUUGUAGUUUAUUGUAAGGUUACUGUAGUACGAUGAAAUGCAUAGAAGCUUGUUUCCGCCAUGGGAUAAAAAAAAAAAAAGUAAUUACAACUUUUUGUUGUGCAUAUAUCAUAAUUCAGAUGAUUUUUCUUGUAAUUGCAAGAUAUGAACUCAAAAUUCGGAGAAGUCCGAAUUGUGGAAUAUAAACUCGCUAUUGCAAGAAAAUAGAAUUGUGGCGGAAACAGUAAAACAGAAUUGUGAGAUGUAAACUCAGAAUUUAGAGUGAAAAUGAAUUCCGAGAUGUAAACUUGGAAUUGCAAGGAAGAACAUUAGAAUUCUGAGUUAGUCUCUCAAUUCUGAUGGAAAAAAAGGCUGAAUUGUGAGAUAAAGUCACAGUUACGUAUUAAUUUUUUUGUUCUGUGGCAAGAACGGGCUUCCUGUUUCUGUGUUCUGAACUGCCUUUGUUGUGCUAAAUUUGGGGUUGUACGUUCAAACUUAAAGUAGUUUGAAGUCAAUUUUAAACCAAAAUCAUUCAACCUUUAAAAAUAGUCUGUUUUUUAUUUAUUUAUAUAUACUGUAUUUAAUUUUUACCCCAAAGCAAGCACACUAUCUUUCAUAAUGUGUGGUUUUACAUCUUUUUUUUUUCCAGGAUUCUCAUCACGUGAGUAUUUUUAUGCAACGGAAGUUGCACUCUGGUCUUUUUUUGUCCUGUUGGUAAUCACACCUGCUUUCAUGUGACUGAAUUGUGUUACGCAUGAUAAAGUGCAACUAAUGGCACAGCAAUCCGCAGUGCAUCUGUGUGCAUUUUUGCUGUUGUGUGUAUUAUUCCCAGCCUACAGUAGACAUCCGACCAGAGGACAUUUCACUGAUCGGCCUUUAUACGGUUUACCUAUAUUGUAAUUCUGCCUAGGAGAUGAAUCAAUGCAGUUAACAUUUGACUAGUUUUUAUUUCAGUGCACCGUUUUGUUUUUCAUUCCUGAAUGAUUUGAAUUAAAAUGUUUAAAGCUGAUUUUUUUUAACCUCUACCCCUGGAGAUCUGUACAAAAUAAGCUGUA